GCUGUGGCUGAUGGUGUUUCUCCGGCUUUGUUGGCGAUGGGUCCGCCGUGGCUUUGUCCCAUCGGUCUCCACUCCACUGAUUCGUGGCUGUCCAGAGCGGCUACGCGAUCUAAUUAAAAACGUCCGGAUAAACAGGACACUACAGUGCUAGCCGUAGCCUAUUAGCGACAACUACCAGCGGCGGAUGGCGGGGGCCACUCUCCGCCGAUUGAGGCUCGCGUCCAGCUAGCUAGCUGCUCCGUUAGCCGGCUAGCUAUCAUUGGCUGCUCUUUGUGGAGGAGACAACACAAGCAGCCAAGGUUGGCUGCGUUCCCGAGCAGCUAACCUCGCUUUGACUUACGUCAACUUGCAGCACCAAGAAGAUUAUUUUGGACAGGAAAGACUAAUUCAGCUGCAGACAUGUUUUGAUCCGUGGGGCUCACGGAGCUCUGUCUUGAUCCAGGAUCCAGCAGCUAGUUGUAGCUAGCAGGCGGCUCACGGUGAUGGGUGUUUGAUCUAUUUUGACAUCAGCUCUUGAGCUGUAUCGUAGCUGUUUGUCUCAGUCCCACGAGAUCCCCAAGGCCGAGAUGACGUUGCCGGGAGAAGCGGCUCUCCUCCGGGCCGAGUGCUGACGGAGAGGAGUCCCUGCUCCUCCUCACGCAGCUUGGAUCGAAUGCGGAGGAGGACGCGGAGCUUCGGGAUGAGCCGGUGAACUGGACACACACCUGGACGUUGGAUGGGCUGGAUGCGUUGGCUGUUUGUCUGUUUCCAAGAGCCUCUAUUGUGGACGUUUGUUUGCAAUACACAGACGUGACACCGCUGCAUCGCAGAAUGACUUUAACGAGUGCCUUUUGUUACGUAUGCAGCUCGUUUGCCCACAUUAUUCUGUCAGUUCGCUUCUGUGAGCUCAACUGGGCGCUAAGAGAAGUCCUCACUACUCACCUUUAAUCAGCGCCGCGAACUGCUCCUAUAGAGAAAGCACCUGUCCUACUAUGCACCGUUGUGGUGAUCGCACAGCUGACACUGAACCGCUAACCUCAGCAGAGAAGAGCCGCUCAUAAGGGUGCCGACCCCUCUGAGGGACCCCUGACUGGUACCGUGGUGUCGCGACCCGCAGGGAUGUUUGCCUCUGUGGAGCACGGCCCGGUCCUCUGCAGUGACUCCAACAUCCUGUGCCUGUCCUGGAAGGGCCGUGUGCCCAAGAGCGAGAAGGAGAAGCCCGUGUGCAGGAAGCGCUACUACGAGGAGGGCUGGCUGGCCACCGGCAACGGCCGGGGGGUUGUGGGGGUCACGUUCACGUCCAGCCACUGCAGACGGGACCGGCCGACGCCGCAGAGAGUCAACUUCAACCUUCGAGGGCACAACAGUGAGGUGGUGCUGGUGCGAUGGAACGAGCCCUUCCAGAAACUGGCCACCUGUGAUACAGAUGGGGGGAUAUUUGUUUGGAUCCAGUAUGAGGGCCGCUGGUCUGUGGAGCUGGUCAACGACCGCGGAGCGCAGGUGAGCGACUUCACCUGGUCCCAUGACGGCACCCAGGCUCUCAUUUCCUAUCGCGAUGGCUUUGUUCUGGUGGGCUCUGUCAGCGGGCAGAGGCACUGGUCCUCUGAGAUCAACCUGGAAAGCCAAAUCACCUGUGGUAUCUGGACCCCGGACGACCAGCAGGUGCUGUUUGGUACUGCUGAUGGACAGGUGAUAGUGAUGGACUGCCACGGGCGCAUGCUGGCCCACAUUCUGCUGCAUGAGUCGGACGGCAUCGUCAGCAUGUCCUGGAACUACCCAAGUUUUCUGGUAGAGGACAGCAGCGAGAGCGACACAGAUGCUGAUGACUACUCCCCACCACAAGUGCACAGCCAUAAACCACUGCUGACCGUCAGUUUCACCUCUGGAGACAUCAGCCUGAUGAACAACUACGAUGACCUCACUCCCACUGUCAUCCGCACCGGUCUGAAAGAUGUGGUGGUCCAGUGGUGCUCGCAGGGAGACCUCCUGGCAGUGGCAGGGAUGGAGAGGACACUGGUUUCUCCUGAUCCAUCCUGUCUGCCCCCCACUAGAAAUGCUAUUGUCAAGUUCUACAAUGUUCGGGGUGAACACAUCUACACACUGGACACGCCAGCACAGCGGCCCAUCACAACGCUGUGCUGGGGUCACCGGGACUGUCGCCUGUUCCUGGCAUGUGGCCCGGCUCUCUACGUGGUGCGGGUGGAACACCGCGUAGCCAGCCUGCAGCUCCUCUGCCAGCAGGGCAUCGCCACGGCGGUGAAGGAGGAAAAAGACGUUGCCAAGCUCACCAUGCCUUCCCGCCUCUGUUCUUACGUCACCACAGCUUUCAUCCCCACCAUCAAGCCCCCAAUUCCAGAUCCCAACAACAUGCGUGAUUUUGUAAGCUACCCAACGGCUGGGAAUGAGCGCCUGCACUGUACGAUGAAACGUACCGAAGACAACCCUGAAGUCGGAGGACCGUGUUACACCCUGUACCUGGAGUACCUUGGAGGUUUGGUGCCCAUCCUCAAAGGCAGGCGAAUAAGUAAGCUGCGUCCAGAGUUUGUCAUCAUGGACCCCAAGACCGACGGGAAAACAGACGAGAUCUACAGCAACAGCUUGAUAUCUGCGAUGAUCGACAGCUGUAACUGCUCAGAUUCCAGUGACAUUGAGCUGAGUGAUGAUUGGGUUGGGAAGAAAUCUCCAAAGAUAUCCAGGGGUAGCAAAUCCCCCAAACUGCCCAGAGACUUAGUUUGUCCCUUUACCAACAGGAUCAACAUUGAUCCCAGGAAAUCGCCAAAACUGUCCCGCGCCUCACAGGAAAUCUCCAGGUCACCGCGGUUACCCAUACGCAAGCCAUCCAUUGGGUCACCCAGUCUAACAAGAAGGGAGUUUCCUCUAGAUGACAUCACUCAGGUGAAGCAAAAUUACCUUGCUCAGGUCACGUCCAAUAUUUGGGGAACAAAGUUCAAGAUAGUGGGCUUGGCUGCAUUUUUACCAACCAACCUUGGUGCAGUCAUCUACAAGACAAGCCUCCUCCAUCUUCAGCCCAGACAGAUGACCAUCUACUUGCCGGAGGUGCGAAAGAUUUCCAUGGAUUUCAUCAAUUUGCCUGUCUUCAGCCCCAAUGUCUUCAGCGAGGAUGAAGAUGACCUGCCUGUCUCCGGCCCUGCUGGUGGCGCUGAUGACAACCCCCCCUGUACUGUCAACAUCCCUAUUGCCCCAAUUCACAGUCCUGCCCAGGCCAUGUCUCCUGCCCAAAGCAUCGGCCUGGUGCAAUCCCUCUUAGCCAAUCAAAAUGUUCAGCUGGAUGUCCUAACAAAUCCCACUGCAACCCCUGCUGGAGCAGCUGCUAGUGGGUCAGACCAAAGCCAAGACACCAUCCUGACAGCCCAGUACACACUUCCCACCAGGUACUCCAGCCCUGGUCAAGUCAUCUUUGGAGGUCUGGACAUGAGUCGCCUAAUGGUUGGACCACCACCUUCUCUUCAUUCGUCACAGCAACAACAGGAACAGCCAAAUCACCAUCAACAACAGUCUCAGCAACAGCAGCACCAACAACAGCUACAACAACACCACCAACAACAAAUUCAGCAUCACCAACAACUUCAGCAGCAGCAGCAGCAACUUCAGCAGCAGCAGCAGAUGCUCCAGCAUCAACAUUUACAGCAACAGCAGCAGCAGCUUCAGCAGCAGCACAUUCAGCAGCACCUCCAACACAUACAACAGCAGCAGCUCCAGCAGCAACUGCAGCUCCAGCAGCAACUGCAUCAUCAACAGCAAUCGCAGCAGCAGCAUACGCUACUGCAGCAACAGCAGCAGCACCACCACCUCCAGCAGCAGCUUCAAAUUCAGAUCCCUGUCCCCUCUUUGUCAUCAGGACAGCCUUCAGGUGCCUCUGGGCAUCAGCUCCAGCCGGGGGCGCUGCAGAUCCAGAUCCCUCACACACCGGCUGAUUUGGGGGCAGAGCGGGCGGUGGGGGGUGAACACGAGCACCUACUGAAAAUCAAGACUCCACGGACUCCACAGCUGGCUGAGGGCGACACGUUGGUUUUCAGUGCUCCUCUUGAGUUGAGCAAAAUGAACCCCCCACCCCCCUACCCCGGCACAGUGGCAGCUGCUGUGGCUGCUGCCGCCGCGGCUGCAGCAUCCGCUUCCGUUGCAUCCGCUUCCGUUGCAUCCUCAAACGCUGCUUCUGGUCCAGGAGCUGGCACCAAUGGAACUCCUCCUCCUGGUGACAUGAAGAAGGGAGAAUUCACACUUUAUCCUUCAGGCCAGCAACAGGCGCAGUACCCCACACCACUGGGUUAUGAAAGGAUCACGACAUUUGACAGCAGUGGGAAUGUGGAAGAAGUUUGUCGUCCUCGAACGCGCCUUGUAUGCAACCAGAAUGUGUACACAGUCCAGGGACCAGGCAGCUCUGCCACUCUCAGGGUCACUUCGUCAUCAUCCUCCUCCUCCUCAGCUGACAAGAAGAUCCAGCUGCCCUACACCUCUGCAACUCUAAACAGACUCACCGCACCUCGCUAUUCCAUACCCAGUGGGGACCCACCUCCAUACCCAGACCAAGCCAACCAGAAUAGUGCUAUUGGCAGGAAUCCUGGGCAGAGACUUGACAGCAGCCUGAUCCAUGCCACUCUCAGGAGGAACAGCCGAGAGGCUGCUCUUAAAGUUUCCCAGAUGCUGGAACCACCUAGACCACUGCCUCCAAAGGCCAAAAAUAGUGCACUAGCAUCCUCAUUCCAGCAGAGGGUGCCAACAGCCUUAUACACUUGUAGUCAGUGUAGCAGUGGAUCCAGUGUUGGAGGCACUGCGCCAGGGAGUGCUAAUGGAAUAGCAGGGGGAACUAUUAUUAGACAAGAUUUUCCUCCAGGCAAUGGGGCACCACACAGCACAGUAAUUGUUCACUCUAACAGUGCUACUCCACUAGCCUCCCAGUCUUCUUACAACCUGCUGAGUUCCCUUGAAGGAUCUGGCGGUACAGCAGUAGGAGGGAGUAAUAGAGACAGAGCAGAUUAUGUUAAUUCAGCAUUUACUGAGGAUGAAACACUGAACCAUUCGCUGAGGCAUCUGGCGCUAGGAGGAAGUGAUGCCUCUGGACUGCUUGUUAAACGCCCUCCUCCCUACCAGUGGGACCCAGGGGCCACAGAGGAGGUUUGGGUUCCACAGGAAAGGACAGCUACAUUGAACCCCGCUGCGCCACCUGGACCACACAAACCACCCCCGCUCAUUCUUAGUCCAGCACAACAUUUAGAUGUGUCCAGGCUGCCUUUGGUCCUUUCCCCAAAGUCUCCCAUCAGUCCAAGCUCUGCAUCAUUUCAAGCGGCUGCUGCAGCAGCAGGGUACCAAAUCUCCCUUCAGUAUCCUCCAGCUACUGUCUACUCUGGAGCCCACCUCCAACCUAUUACAGGGUCACCGCGGCCCUGCUCCUCCCCAAAGGAGGUGGUUGCACCAGUGCCCUUCUCACAGCAGGAUGCGACCCUUGUUAUACCACCGGGUUACCCUUCAAGCAUAACAAACUUAGCCUGCUGUCCCCUCCCACCCAUGUAUCCAGGAAGUAGUGCUUGCGCUGCACUUCCCAUUCCGCCAAUUGCCCUCCACACUCCUUGGGGUACAUAUAAUUCCUGUCCACCUAUGCCCAGUCCUGCAGUGCCGCUACCACCCAAGGCCUCCCACAUGGCUGUAGACAAAAAUGUUGCCUCGCCCCCUCCUCCGCCACCACCACCCCCUCCUCCACCACCAGCAGAAUUGCAGAGCCAUGGAGGAUUACAAGAGACCAUGGGAGAGGCUGGGGAAAGUUUUCAAGAAGUGCUGUCCCUGACUGAGAGCCCGGUGCCACAGAGGUCAGAAAAGAUCAGCAAGAAAAACCGGAAGCGGGCAGAUGGUCGGGGGGAUGAGGCCAAUGUGCCACAGCUGGCUGAAGGAAAUAAAUUGAAAAAGGAGGGCAGAUCUCUGGGUGAUUUCAACUCACUCAUCUCCAGUCCACGUUUGGGAGGAAGAGACAAGAAGAAGCUGAAGGGACAGAAGGAGCAACAGUUGAAGGCCAAGAAGCUGAGUAAGGCCACCGCCAAUAGCGAGUUCCAAGACAGUUCAGAAAGCGAGCCGGAGCUCUUCAUCAGUGGGGAUGAGCUCCUGAAUCAGUGCCAGAGUGGGAAAAAGGGUUGGAAAAGUAAGAGGAACCUGAGAGCCGCCAACGAACUGGAUGAGAUUAAGUGUCGGAAGGCAAACGAGAAGGAGGACAGAGGACUGGGCAGCCAGGGCUUUGUGUACGUCAUGGCCAACAAGCAACCACUGUGGAACGAGGCCACACAAGUUUACCAGCUGGACUUUGGUGGAAGGGUCACACAGGAGUCUGCAAAGAACUUUCAAAUUGAACUGGAAGGCAGGCAGGUGAUGCAGUUUGGCAGGAUUGAUGGUAAUGCCUACAUCCUGGACUUCCAGUAUCCAUUCUCUGCUGUGCAGGCCUUCGCAGUGGCUUUGGCCAAUGUCACUCAACGCCUCAAAUGAUACGUCCCCUCCCUACUUGACUCAAGUUAUAUAUGGGGUGUAAUAUCAUUCUGCUGAAGGGACACGGUUGUCUCGUUAGACACUUAUAAGCUUGGAGAGAAAAGUAAAACCAGCCGUAGUCACAUAAACAGAGUGAUACAAUCACGCUGCACUACACAAUGCUGCCACUAGACUUGGUGCAAUAAGCAUUGGCUGCAUUUGCCAAGGAUCCCGUCAGAUUCACUCUGUUUGGCAGUCAGCGGCGCCAUGCAGUGCAUGCGGGGCCAAAAAGCUGGGCUAUGGUGAUCACCAUGCAAAUAAAUGCUGCUUUAGCUAGAAGACGCUCAUUGACAAGAUCAUCUGUCAGUUAAUGGAGAGAAGUCGAGGUGCAUUUUUUAGAAGAAGCAGCAGUAAUACUUGAAAACCACACUCUGGAAAUCCAAGUGUUUUUCCAGAGCCCACAGGUACUACUGGGCACUGAAAUCCAUUGCUGUACAAAUGUUCAGUGAAACAGUUACAAUUUUAUUAAACUGCUUCAGCUUUUAGGAUUUUCUGAAAUGGUGACCAUGGUGAAAAGUAGGACAGCCUUUCCUUUUUGCUCUCCACCAUUUCUUUUUUUGUUACUCUCUCAGUCUGUUUUGGCUGGAAUUGACGCUUUGAAAUAUGCACCAUUUAGGAUCACCAUUAAUAGUUCACACCGUCACUGUGUGUGACUGUUAAAACCCUGGGAAGGUCAAGGAGUGAUCAUGGCUGAGGUGAACAGCAAUGGUUUCUACAUGGUUUCCUGCAAUUUUGAAGGAGGUUUUACUCUGCAUUUGUUAAUUUAUAUCUACAUUUAUUUGUGUGUUCAGAUAUGAUUUUAACAUCAUUGUCAUUGUUUGUGAUACUCAGUCCUCAUACCCCAUCGACAUGGAUUCCACAUGGCCUGCUUUUUUAAGGAAACAGGUGAAUGGUUGAAUCUUGUGUAAUCUGGAAUAUUCAGGUGGGAGCGGUACACA